CCAUCUUCCCUCUCGGCUCUCGCACCGUUGCCAUGGCAGCGUCCAAACUUACCCCCACCUUGCCCGUCUCAUCCCUCGCCCUCGCCACCUCUCGCUCGCCGUCGGGCCAGCCGCGCUCCCCAACCCUUCACCCGGAGGCGGCGUCGGCGCGAGCUGAUAUGGGCUUGAGCUGGACUUCGAAGGGCGUUGGCCGUGGCACGACCGUGCUGUGUGCCACUGCCGUCCACGGCCAGGACACCAACAUCCAAGUCCAAGGAAGCAAGUGGAAACCAACUGUUUGUGUGGUCCUUGUGGAGCUCUUCAACACAGGAACUAUACUGCUAGGCAAGGUAGCAGUUGAUAGCGGCAUGUUUGUAUUCUCAUUGCUUUGUUAUAGAAGCAUUCUGGGUGCCAUUUUUAUCUUGCCAUUUGCCCUGCUCCUCGAAAGUGGGAAGUGGAAAGAAUUGGAUAAGAAGGCUCUUGGUUGGCUCUUCAUCAAUGCUUUUGUCGGGUACUCGUUGCCUAUGGCCAUGUAUUACUACGGGCUACAUGACACAACUGCUUCCUAUGGUGUGAUCUUCUCCGGUUUAACUCCGCUCUUCACUUUCGUCCUUUCAAUAUUGCUUGGCAUGGAGACCUUGCGCCUCAAAUCCAAGGAAGGUAGCGCGAAGGUGGUUGGUGCAUUGGUAUGCUUUGGAGGGGCUUUAUUAAUAAGCCUAUACAAUGGGAAGGAACUGCAUCUCUGGUCUCCAGUUAUAAGAGGUAUCACUAAGAGUUCUAAUGGAGUAGCCGGAGGAUGCCACCAUUUGAGAGGCACCUUACUUUUGUUGGGUGAUUGCAUAUGCUAUGCAUUUUGGUACCCCAUACAGGUGAAAGUUUUAAAGGUGUAUCCGUGGAAACAUUGGUCAUCAGUGUUGACCUGUGCUCUAGGUGGUUUGCAAACAUGUGCCAUAGGAAUAUUUUUGAGAAGAGACAAACUUGCUUGGCAAGUAGGAUGGAACAUUCAACUAUUAACAAUUGUCUACUCAGCUGCACUUGGCACAGCCGCCAAGUAUUGGUUAAAUCUCUAUGCUGUGGAAAAGCGAGGUCCUGUUUUUCCACCAAUGUUCAGCACAUUAUCGAUUGUUUUCACCAUGGUUCUUGGGGCUUUAUUGCUAGGAGAAAGCCUCACAGUUGGGAGCUUGUUGGGUAGUGCUUUGGUUUUCAGUGGUUUGUAUAUGUACCUCUAUGGAAAGGCCAAAGAGAUACAUGUGAACACGAUAUCAUGUUCAAGCAAUGAAAAGCUUCAGGCGCAACCUACCCACAACUCGAAGUGUGAGGAUCGAAGAUUUGGUCCUUAAUUUUGGGGAAACAAGCUUCUAAUGAGCUUCAAAUUAGCAGUUGAAACCAACUAUGUUUAACAUGUGAGAUAGUAAACUAAAAUGAUUUGACCAAUCCUAAGAUGUUUCGUGGUGCGUUAAUGAUUUCCAAUGAAGUAAAACCCUAGUUUACAAGGUAUGUAUCUUAUCGGAUUAUAGUAUUGUGAUGCCACCUAGGACAAUAUCUUCAACUUGAGAAUACACGCAAUUGCACAAAUUGGUGAUUUGGUGUUAUGGGUCUACGUCACAAAAUGUGCCCUCUAUGUAUUAGUAGGAAACAUGGUCAAACACGGUGUUAGUAAUUUGUUGAACUAGUAUUUUGUAUGUUGUGGUACAGUAACAUUAUUUGGUGAAGUUAGUACCUCUCAUU